AUGAAAAAUCAAUCUAGUUUAGGAACAAUGCCACAGCUUCCAAGACAGCAAAACCGUAAGCAAAUGACUAUGACAAACUUUGUUCAAAGACCAAUUACAAUGAGUAAGUCAAAGGCAAUUGACCAACAACUAGUCAAAAUGAUUGUAAAAGAGUAUCACCCAUUCAGUGUUGUUGAGUAUAAGGAAUUUAGAAAUUUGAUUCAAAUGUUAAAUCCAAGUUAUAUCAUACCAUCAAGAAAAACUGUCACCCAGAGCUUAUUGCUUCAAAUGUAUAAGAUAACCAUUGAAAAAGUUGAAAAUCAAUUAAUAAAUGUUUCGGCAGUUUGCAUGACCGCAGAUGGCUGGACUUCAUUAAAUAAUGAAAGUUUUGUUGCAGUCACAGUUUAUUUUAUCGACCCUUCAAAUGAAACACAGCUGUCAUCAGUAUUGCUAGGUUGUACCAAUUUCUGUGAGAGACAUACUGCAGAGAACUUAGCGAUUUUUUUAAGAAAUACUUUAGAUGAGUGGAACUUGAAUAAUAAAAUAGCUGGUGUGAUAAGUGACAAUGCUAGCAGUAUUAAAUCUGCAUUACAAAAAUGCAACUGGUGGUAUUUGUCUUGUUUUGCUCAUUCGAACAAUUUGGUUGUUCAGACAAGUUUGAAAUCCAUUGAGCCAACUAUACUAAAAGUAAAGACAAUUGUCAAGUUUUUUAAGAAAAGUUUCCACGCUUUAGGAAAAUUACAAGAUUUUCAAAAACAAACUGGCUUACCUCAACUAAAGCUUAAAUUAGACAGCCCAACCCGUUAG